UUGUCUCUGAGAUAAGGUCACUCCCCUCUGACCCCUUUUAUCAAAGCUCAACUCUGCAUCUCUCUCGCCGCCGGAAAAAAAAAUCCAAUUUUUAUUUUCCGGUCCUGAGAAACCUUCUUUGUUCCUCGUCGAGCUGAUUCGGAGAGAGGAAGAAGAAGAAGAAAGAUAAUUUUCUUGAAAAAAAAUGGCGCAGAUUCAGCAUCAGGGUCAGAAUGCCAACGGCGGAGUGGCGGUUUCCGGCGCCGCCGCCGCUGCUGUCGGAGCGGCGCAGCAGGGGACGACGUCUCUGUACGUCGGCGAUCUAGACCAGACCGUGACGGAUUCGCAGCUGUUCGAGGCGUUUAGCCAAGCUGGACAGGUGGUUUCUGUUCGUGUCUGUAGGGACAUGACGACAAGGAGAUCUCUUGGUUACGGAUACGUUAACUACGCCACUCCUCAAGAUGCUUCCAGGGCACUGAAUGAGCUGAACUUCAUGGCUCUCAACGGAAGGGCUAUUAGAGUUAUGUACUCUGUUCGUGAUCCAAGUGUCCGUAAAAGCGGACUUGGUAACAUCUUUAUCAAGAAUCUUGACAAAUCAAUCGACCACAAAGCCCUCCACGAGACAUUUUCUGCCUUUGGUCCUAUCCUGUCUUGCAAAGUGGCUGUUGAUCCCUCUGGCCAAUCAAAAGGCUACGGCUUUGUGCAGUACGACACUGAAGAAGCAGCUCAGAGAGCCAUUGAGCAAUUGAAUGGGAUGCUUCUUAACGAUAAGCAAGUCUACGUUGGACCCUUUGUUCACAAGCAGCAGAGAGAUCCUUCUGGUGAGAAGGUCAAGUUCAACAACGUCUAUGUCAAAAACCUCUCAGAGUCCUUGAGUGACGAGGAGCUGAAGAAAGUUUUUGAAGAGUUUGGAGUGACUACUAGCUGCGUUAUCAUGAGAGAUGGGGAAGGCAAGUCUAAAGGAUUUGGAUUUGUCAAUUUUGAGAAUUCGGAAGACGCGGCCAAAGCUGUUGAGGCUCUCAAUGGUAAGACAUUUGACGACAAGGAGUGGUUUGUUGGGAGAGCUCAGAAGAAGUCAGAGAGGGAAAACGAACUCAAACAAAAGUAUGAGCAAAGUUUAAAGGAGGCUGCAGACAAGUCUCAGGGGUCCAACUUGUAUGUUAAGAACUUGGAUGAGUCUGUCACAGAUGAUAAGCUCAGAGAGCAUUUUGCUCCCUUUGGAACUAUUACAUCAUGCAAGGUGAUGCGUGACCCUACUGGAGUGAGUAGAGGAUCUGGAUUUGUCGCAUUUUCAACUCCUGAGGAAGCAUCUAGAGCUAUUGCGGAGAUGAAUGGUAAAAUGAUUGUCUCAAAACCUCUAUAUGUCGCUCUUGCACAGAGGAAAGAAGACCGCAAAGCCAGGUUACAGGCUCAGUUUUCACAGAUGAGGCCAGUACCUGCGGUUGGUCCUAGGAUGCCAAUGUAUCCACCAGGUGGUCCACCAAUGGGUCAACAACUCUUCUAUGGCCAGGGACCUCCCGCUAUGAUUCCUCCUCAGCCUGGAUACGGGUAUCAACAACAGCUUGUACCCGGCAUGAGACCUGGUGGGUCACCGAUGCCAAACUUCUUCAUGCCUAUGAUGCAACAAGGCCAGCAACAACAGCAGCAACAACGACCUGGUGGUGGUAGAAGAGGUGGAGCUCUUCCACAACCACAACAACCUUCUCCUAUGAUGCAACCACAGCAGAUGCAUCCAAGGGGUAGAAUGUAUAGGUAUCCACAGAGAGAUGUAAACACAAUGCCUGGUCUUACUCCAAACAUGCUUUCUGUUCCUUAUGACGUGUCUGGUGGUGCUCAUCUUCGUGAUUCACCUGCUGCUUCUCAACCUGUUCCUAUUGGAGCUUUGGCUACAUCACUCGCUAAUGCAGCUCCAGAGCAUCAGAGAACGAUGCUUGGUGAGAAUCUGUACCCACUUGUGGAGCAGCUUGAGCCAGAAUCAGCAGCUAAAGUCACGGGAAUGCUUCUUGAAAUGGACCAAACCGAAGUACUACACUUGCUGGAAUCUCCUGAUGCACUUAAAGCUAAAGUUGCAGAGGCAAUGGAGGUUCUGAGGAGUGUAGCUCAGCAGCAGCAAGCUGGUGGUGCAGCUGAUCAGUUAGCUUCUCUGUCUCUUGGGGACAACAUCGUACCUUGAAUUCUCAAAGUACUUUGUUAGACUUUAUUUUGUCCUUCGUGGAGAAUCAGAUACAAAGAGUGGUUCUUGAAAGUUUUGGAUUCAUGUUUUUGUUUUUUGCCGAGAGAGCUUUUUAAUCUUUUAUACUUUGGGAAUCAUUUCUCUCAAUCUUUUUAUCUACACUUUACCCGUUCGAUAGAUCUUGUUUUGCUUUUAUCUAUCCGUUUUAAACUUCCUCAUAAAACGUUUGUUAAAGCGUUUGAUGAUCGUUGGUUUUGGUCACCAACGUUUUGUUGAUCAAAGUCCCAAAUGCAGCAAAACUAGCUUUGAUGUCAAAAGUCUAAUGAAAUGGUCCAAUCUCAUUUAGGCUUUAUUUAUUUAUUUAUUAUAGUUCAUUUAGUUUUGAUGGUAAAAAACAAUGUUUCAUCCAAAUUGUGUUUUUCUUUAUUUCUAUAUUGGGCAAAGGCUUUAUAUGUUU